AACCCUCAACGACAAGACAAUGUUGUUAGAAACAAUCUGGUGCAUUUUGGAAAGUGUGAAACUUCUGGAGUUGCUUUCUUUCUCACAGAAAUAUAUUCAAAUAAAAACAAACAAGUUCCUAAAUUAUUUAUAGACUGUCAGCAUCAAUGUAGCCUCCAGAUGGAGCCUACAAUACCUACUGCAUGCAGUCUUACACAGGUCUGCUGCCCCUGGUGGAGAAUCUGCAGGCGGCUCGGACCAAUUUAAUUCCUUUGUGAUUGUUACUGAAUCAAAAAUAAAACAGUAGUUUUAUUACUGUCUGUCUUCUCAGCCCCCCGGUGACAGAUGGGUGCUCGUACUGUGGAGGUUUCUUCCUCCUCUCCACUCUUCAUACAUGCUAAAUACCUGUCUACGUCUGUGUCCUUAGCACCGUUUCUUCUUGGAAACUCAAUUUUAUUAUUUUUAAUAAUGCAUUCAACUUAUAGAGCGCUUUUCUAGACACCCAAAGAUGCUUUCACACACUGCUAGUGAUGGUAAGCUACUUGUAGCCACAGCCGCCCUGGGGAGGUCUGACAGAGGCGAGGCUGCCAUUUGGCGCCGUCGGCCCCUCUGACCACCACUAACACAGGCAAGUUGGGUGAAGUGUCUUGCCCAAGGACACAACAGCAGGAUCCCCUGGUGGGAGCUGGAAUCGAACCCACGACCCUCUGAUCAUGAGGCAACCCGCUCUACCACCUGAGCUACUGCUGCUUUUUAACUGCUGAAGGUUACACUAGCCCACAGCCUUUGUGUAUUUGCAUGCAUGAGUGUUUUUCCAGUGAUCUAAGUGUAUGUGCUGCCUUAAUGAGCGAGUCUCCCCAACGUGGGAUCAAUACAGCACUCUGUUCUACAUCCAUGCUUAGUAAUACGGGGAUUGCUGCCUGUCCCUGAAACAAGUCAGUGACUCGAUCUGCUGGAUUUAACUAGCACCGCUGAACAGAACUCGAUGCAACGAUAACCCUAACUCUUGGGACGACCCUGGCGCUAUGUAAAAAAAACUGAAAUGACUAAGGUGUCACCCCCCACUCCCCCAGUGAAGCAUCGGUGAGACGCGUCUCUGGUCUGGAGCUUCUGGGGGUUUCCAGACGGCAUUCGUUCAGGGUCGGGCUGCUGGUGUUGGUGGCUCAGGGCGUGUGAUCAGACCAGGAUCAGAGUCAAACCUUCGGUUUCCUCCUUUGGUGUGAAAGGGACUUUUUUCUGCUGGGGUGACGUCAGCUGGCGAUGCUCUUCUGCAGGAAGUCAUGAGGUUGUGGCGGCCAGAGUUGACUCUACUGCUGUGCCUGAGACCACAAUCAGUUGUGCUUUCUGUGUUUACACCGACAGAACUGUUCCAAAACAUGGCUGGUUACCGCGGAGAUGCUGCUGAGCCACAAUAACGAGGAGGAGACCCGAGUCAGAUCAGGCUGAGAGCGGAGAAACCUCUGACAGCCAUGGACUACCAGUACCAGCAGAACUCCAAGGUGGAACGGUUCCUCAAGCUAGGAUACGCUCUGAAUGACAUCCUGAGGGUUCUAGAGAGCCUCCACCGUGACGCCCAGACCAACGACAUACUGGAGGAGCUGAUAAAGACCUGCAGCACCAGCGCCCCAAACAGCCUGAAGCUGGUACCCCGAGGAUCUAGCCCUGGACCCAGCAGAACCAGAACUGGGACAGACAGGGAGUCAAGCACUGGCUUCAGAACCGUGGUCAUAGAUGGGAGCAAUGUGGCCAUGAGCCAUGGAGACAAGAAGGUGUUUUCCUGUCUGGGCCUGCAACUGGCUGUGGACUGGUUCUGGGACAGAGGACUGCGUGACAUCACGGUCUUCAUCCCCCUGUGGAGGAAGGAGCACCCACGACCCGAGGCACCAAUCACAGAUAAACAUGUUCUGGAUGAUCUGGAAAGCAAGAAGAUUCUUGUCUACACUCCGUCUCGCUUUGUGAGGGGGAAGCGGGUGGUGUGUUAUGAUGACCGCUACAUCAUCAAGCUGGCGGUUGAUUCAGAUGGGAUCAUUGUGUCCAAUGACUACUACCGGGACCUGCAGGCGGAGAACCCCCAAUGGAAGAAGUUCAUUGAGGAGAGACUCCUCAUGUACACCUUUGCUAACAACAAGUUCAUGCCUCCAGACGAUCCUAUGGGGAGAAACGGUCCCACCAUCGAAGACUUUCUGAGGAAGAAGCCAUGGAGUCCAGACAAGCUGCAGCUCUGUCCAUAUGGGAAGAAAUGCACUUAUGGAUUAAAGUGCAAGUUCUACCAUCCCGAGAGAGCCAACCAAUCCCGGCUGUCGGUGGCUGAUGAGCUGAGGGCUCUCUCUGGAGACCGAGCAUCGACCUCGUCUCCUUCCAGAUUCCAGCUAGAGCACACCUACACCUCAACCACCCCUCCACCCCCCAGCACAGACGAGCUGUCCCAAAGAACCUCUCCCAGUAACCCGUUAGCCUUUAGGAAGGAAAUUAAUUUGGACCAGGAUGAAGCCUUCAGCUCCACGGAGAGCUCCAUGUCCAGGCUCUGCAUCCAGGAUGUGGCCUACAGCACAGAGGUCCCCCUGACCUCCUACAGCAGCGGACUAGGCAGCUACCUCACGUCCAGCUCACUCAGUGGGAGCUACGUGAGGUUUGCUCACAGUGGGCCAGGCUACUACCUCCACCAGAACAGUUCUGUGCCCUGUGACUGUCACACGUGCAGACAGUGCAGGUGUGGUCACCAGAAGGUCAGGAUGUCUGCCCAGCACCAUCACCCAGCAUGGAGCUCAUGUGGAGAUCUGCUUCCAAGGAACAGGGAACCUUCUCCUUUCCCAGAAAAGUCCCUCAGACAAGUCCACAGCUCACCAUGGGACCAGCAGGUACUGGGCAGCUUCUCCGAGUCCAGGCUGGGCAACCGGACCAGGAGCAUGACCAGAGAGCAGAGGAACAACCUGAGGAGCCAGCUGAGCACGCUCUACCCUCAGAGCCUGGUGGAGCACGUCCUGAAUGCAAACCCCCACAUCUCAGACUUGAUGGAACUGAGUCACCUCAUUCAGAGACACAGAACCAACUCCCACUUCCAGACCGGGCCUAGUUAGAACCCAGACUGGAGUUCUGAUUCCAGAACCUGAGUCUGGUUAUGGAAGCAUUAAACAUCAGUUUGGACUGAAGCUUGGCCCUGAACUGAUCUCCACUCAGCUGUUCUGCUGCUGGACCUCGACGCCCUGAGCUGAGAACUUCUCCGUAGUUGUGUGAAGAAUCAGUGAAUUCUAGUUUUUGUUGUACUUUGAGCGCUCAGGUUCUGACGGAGCUGACGGUACAGAAGCUGAAUACGACCCGGACCCCUCAGGGCGGUUCUGUAGGACAGGAACCAAAACCGUCUGAUGGGUGGAGCUGGUUCUUCAUCACCUGCUGGGAUAACAGUCUCAUGAAUGUUUGUCUUCAUUAGCCUCCGACUGUCAUCUGCUGGUGCCUGCUGCCACCUAGUGGAGGAAAGGAGUACACCCAAAACAAAACAUUCUGAAUAGAUUUUUUUAAUUAUUUUUUUUACAAAUAACUUAUCUGUUACAAAGACAGUUUUCCCAUCUGAAACCAAAAAUACCUUUAAUGUCCACGUGAUGUUUGUCACUGAUGAAUAAAUGCAAUCCUGGAUCUGGUUUCCUAUUCUUAACGGGGUUUGAGGAGACUCAGAGUCUGGUUUCACGACACUCGGAUUUAACUUGUGGUCAAUAAAAAUCAAAGGCACUGAUGUCAAGUGACAGAAGGCAGACGGUGUGUGUGUGUGUGUGUGUGUG